AUGUGGCGUAACCCUCAGCCCCAAUGGGCGUCACCUCGCGGCCGCGUCGUCCAGAUCGGUGACGCCGCACAUCCAUUUCUGCCGACAUCAGCGAGUGGCGGGACUAUGGCUAUGGAGGAUGCGUAUUCUCUGGCAGCGUGCUUGCGUAUUGCUGGGAAGGAGAACGUGUCGCUGGCAACGAAAGUGCAUAACCACUUGAGGUUCGAGCGAGUCACUUGCGCACAGAAAAUGGGAUUCAAGAAUCGCGAGGUAUACCACAACACCGACUGGGAUGCCGUGAUCAAGAACCCGAAGAUAAUGGGCAAAAUGGUUGGCGACUGGCUACUACACCACGACCCUGAGCAGUACGCAUACGAGAACUACGACGCAUGUGCGGAGCACCUCGUCAAGGGUAUGCCAUUUAAGAAUACGAACUCGGUACCGGGCUACACGUACAAACCGUGGACGGUCAAGGAACUCCUGGACGCUUCGGAAAGUGGAGAGUUUGUCGAAGAUGAAGGAGACUGGUUUUGA